GUGUGUGUGUGUGUGCGCGCGCAGUGAGUCAGCUAAAAGCCUCAGGAAGCUAGCCAUCUGGAGUAGGUAAUGGAGAUUGACCAGACAGGAGUGUGGACCUGGUGAUGGGCUGCAUUCAGUGAUGUACCAUGUGAUAAUCCCCAUCCCACCCAGUUUAGAAACACAGUUACACUGAACACAUUAUAGUGACGGGAAAGAUACUUGACUUGUUAUUUCCACAUCACGGGGAAUUCAAGAAGUUUCCAAAUAGUAUUUUUGCAAACUGACUGCCUCUUUUGAAACAGCCCUAAGAGAGUAUAUGAACAUGUAAAAGCUGGGAAAUGCAAGAGUUAAUUUAUUUUUCUAAAAAACCACAUCAGGUGAGAAAUCAGAUACCGGAAUUGUGUGUUUCCUCUUCUCUCUCUCCUUCAACACAAAACACAGUCCCCAGUAACAUGAUGAUAGAAUACACAAAUCUUUUGCAUGACUUUUGUGAAGGCGAUGACAUUUAAGUGUGGUGAAUUCAUUGGCGACCUGAUAACCCAGUAGGAAGUGCUUGAUGACUUUUCCUACACCAGUGAUGUAUGUGGAUGAAACAACGCUAGACAUGAGGGCUGUGCCACAAUUAUAAAGAUUUCUGGUUUGAUCGGGAGUUGACAGCAGCUGCUGUUUAGUUCAGUCUCAAGAAAGAGUGGGCCGUCUCCCAGACUGACUCUGAGAUGGGAGAAUCCCCACCAAGGAGCCGACUGGAUGGGAUCUGCUUUUUCCUGGAGUUUCAAGGAACAAGAGGUUCUGGGGGAAAGAGCAACUGAACUGAUCCACGUUGGUGUCAAGAAUGAGUGACAGGGCGGAUAAUGUCAGCAUGACAGAGGAUUCCUGGGAACUCCCUAACGAUAUCUAUGUUAACAUGAUCAGGAAAUCCAACGAAGCUGAGGCUGAGAAGCAGGAUGGUCUGAGCAGUUCCCCUGAUUAUCCCGAAAGCUUUGAUGAGACUCUCACACCAGACAACAAGAUUGAAGCUUCUCCAGUUUGGAUGGAUGUGUCCCGUAGUGUCAGUCUGAGCAGUUCCCCUGAUUAUCCCGAAAGCUUUGAUGAGACUCUCACACCAGACAACAAGAUUGAAGCUUCUCCAGUUUGGAUGGAUGUGUCCCGUAGUGUCAGAUGCACCAGUCCCCAAGGAACCCUGUCUCGGUGCCCGUGGAUCUUUGUUCCUGCACCACCUACGGUCCUCCGAGACCUGCCCCCAGCUGGUACCCAGAGACCGAGGGUCAAGCGCAGUCCCAGGUCAGAGGAUUACACGGAAGGGAUUGAAUCAAUCACAGACGAAGGCCUUUCCAAGUGCUUCCCAUUUCAAAUGGAUAAAAAUGACACAAUCAGCUGUGAGUAUUUUAAAGGCAAGGAUUUCAUUGAUGGAUGCUUCAGCCAUCAGAUGGAUUAUGGUAAACUGCGCAGCUUGAAUAAACCUUGUGAAAUAGCAGUGAAGGAUAAUUAUGCCCUGCUCACCUGUGACAUUGAUAGAACCACAGCAGACAGAGUGAACGGUAAGAACGGAGCUCCAGUCAGGGACAGUGACUCAACCAACGAACCCAGAUUUCAGCACGACUACAAAACGUACAGGAUUCAACUCUUCAAUGCCAUCUUUGAAGGAGAUCUGGACACUAUAGAUGUCUUACUUGGAAAGAUCAAGGAAUCUAAUGGCUGUCUCUCUCAUAAGAACCUAAAAGAUCCAAACACCGGUCAGACCUGCCUGAUGAAAGCUUUGCUAAAAAUAACAAACAAAUCAGAGGAUAUAGCCCAGGACCACAGGACUGUGGAGAUUGUCAAGAAGCUAAUCUCCUUCUCGAAGAAGACUGGAGACCUGAAAGCUUUUAUCAAUGCAGCCUACACUGACAAGAUUUACAGAGGACAGACAAGCCUUCACAUUGCUGUGGAGCGCAGAAGGUGUGACCUGGUCGAACUCUUGGUCAGAAAUGGUGCUGCUGUUGAUGUCAUGGCUAAAGGAAGUUUCUUUCGCAACAAGAAACACAAAAAGUGUUCGUUCUAUUUUGGGGGCUUCCCCCUCAGCCUGGCCGCCUGCACCAACCAGCCGGACAUUGUCACCUUCCUGAUUGAGCAUGGUGCCGAGCCCCGGGCCCAGGACCGGGCUGGGAACACGGUAUUACACGCCCUGGUGUCCAUCGCCUAUGACACAGACACGCGCAGCUUUGUGACGGAGAUGUACGACUUUAUCCUGAUGAGGAGCACAGACAUAGCGCCCAGUGAGAACCUGGAGAAGAUCGCCAACCACCAGGGCCUGACCCCCCUGCUCCUGGCUGCUCACACUGGCAAGAUUGGGAUAUUUAAACAUAUCCUGGGAAGGGAAAUAAAACAGAAGAGGUACAAGCACCUUUCUAGAAAGUUCACUGAGUGGGAAUACGGACCAGUUUCGUGUUCUUUAUAUGACCUGUCGGGAGUCGAUACAAUUGAAGAGAAUUCUGUGCUUGAGACGGUGGUGUAUAGCAGCAGGAACAUGAAUCGUCACAAGAUGCUGAGCGUGGAGCCAAUGAAUGAACUGCUCGAGAAGAAGUGGGAGGAUUUUGGGGCAUAUCUGUUCCUCGGCAGCUUUGUCAUCUACCUGACAUACAUCAUCACACUGACCAUCGUAGCCUCUAACAGACUGGAGAGAAACAAUUCCAUGGACCAGGAGCAAUGCUCCCAUCACAUUGGAUUCUUGAUCUCAAUCUCUGCAUUGAGUUAUCUACCUGAGUUCUUUCAGGCACAGAAUUACAUUUUAUUGAUGGCUGUGUAUCUCUCUUUUAAAGAGGGAUCACAAAUGCUGUAUCUGAGGCAUUCCAAUCGGCACUCUGUCCUGGUGGAUGGAUUCUUUCACAUCCUGUAUUUCCUCCAGGCCAUUCUCGUGAUCAUCUUCAACUCCCUGUGCUGGGCGGAAAUGGAAGGUUCCAGAAUACUGCUUGUAUUAGCUCUGGCCCUGGGCUGGUUCAAUGUCUUGUAUUACACACGAGGUUUUAAACUGACUGGCAUUUACUGCGUAAUGAUUAAAAAGAUUAUUCUGCAGGAUAUCCUUCGAUUCCUCCUGGUCUAUGCAGUUUUCAUCGUGGGAUUUGCAGCAGCCCUUGCUUCCCUGAUUGAGGAAUGUCCCACAGACAGUGACUGCCCAUACAAUGGAUUCAGCUCUGCCAUUCUGGAGCUCUUCAAGCUCACCAUUGGUCUGGGAGACCUGGGGAUCCAGAAACACUCCAGGUUCCCCAUCUUUUUCCACAUGCUCCUGGUACUGUAUGUCAUCCUGACUUUUGUCCUCCUCCUGAAUAUGCUGAUUGCUUUGAUGGGAGAGACCGUGAUGAAGAUUUCCAGUGAGAGUGAGAAGAUCUGGAAGCUGCAGAGGGCUGAGACCACUCUACACUUUGAGAGAACUUUGCCAAAAUGGCUCCGGACCAGAUGCAAGAACGGCCACAGUUUCACAGAGGUAUCUGUCGGGCUCACACCUGAAGGGACAGAGGACAAACGGUGGUGUCUCAGGUUAAAUGAGGUCAACUGGAAUGAAUGGGACACUCGCAUUGGCACAGUGCCUGAAGCAACUGGGGAGCAGUGAUACACUCACGGCCGGGAGUCACAGAACAAAACCAAACAACAUGUAUUUCUAUGAUAACAAAGUGUGGAGCUGGAUGAACACAGCAGGCCAAGCAGCAUCUCAGGAGCACAAAAGCUGACGUUUCGGGCCUGGACCCUUCAUCAGAGAGGGUUGGAUUCUCCAGCAUCUGCAGUUCCCAUUAUCACUGAUACAACAUGCAUUUCUAUCAUGGCUCUCACAACUGCAGGGCAUGUCAAAAUGUUUUACAGACAAUACAGUACUUCUGUAUAGUGUGAACCAGGUAGUAAUCACCUUUUUGUUAUUGUUGGUUAAGGAAUAAUUAGUAACCAGGAGACCCACUUCCCUGCAAACUGCCUGCUCUUCUCUGAAGUAGGAUAAUAGCAUCUUUUAUAUUCACUAGAGAGGGUAAAUUAAUUUGCACCCCCUCAGCACUGACCCUCCAACAGUUCCCACUCCCUUAGCACUGACCCUCUGACAGUGUGGCCCUCCCUCAGCACUGACCCGCCGCGAGUACAAAGUCUGUCCACUACCUACAAGGCACAAGUCAGGAGUGUGUGGGAAUACUCUUCCUCACUUGUCUGGAAGGGGGCAGCUCCAACAAAACUCUAGAAGCUGGACACCAUCCAGGACAAUGUAACUAGUUUGAUCAGCACCAUUCAACAUUCACUGCCCCCCCACCACCGACACUCAGCAGCAGCAGAGGGUACCAUCUACAGCAGAGCACCUUAGAUAGCACCUUCCAGCUGGAAGGACAAGGGCAGCAGUUACAUGGGAACUCCACCUCCUGCAAGUUCCCCUCCGAGUCACACGCCAUCCUGACUUGUAAAUAUAUUGCCGUUCCUUCACUGUCGCUGGGUCCAAAUCCUGGAAUCCCCUCACUAAUAACAUCGUGGGCCGACCUACAGCAGGAGGACUGCAGCGGUUCAAGAAGGCAGCUCACCCCACCUUCUCAAGGGGCAACUGGGGAUAGGUAAUAAAUGCUGGGCCCAGCCAGCAACACUGAUGCCCUGAAAAUAAAUAUUUAUAAAGACUGAAAGUCUGGAAGCAGUUGAUUUGCUAUCUCCUGUUACCGUUUCAUCUCUUGGACUUUUUCCACCUGAUGCAGUUUUUUGUAAUUUAGCAGAAUCUAAUUGUGAUUUGGAAUAUUUAUUUGAUCUGCUGUGAGUCCCCUCUGUAAACUGAAGUGUUUGAACAUUACAAGAUCUUUUUGGGAGUUCUCUCCCACUGCUUAAGUCUGUUAUUAAACAGGGAGAUCCAGAAAUCUGUACCUU